UGAUGUGUUUCCCACUCCCAUGUGAAUCCACGUAUUCAUUCAUUUAUCCCUGUACCUUGACACUGCCCCUUCUUAUUAUUUUUCUACAGAGAGAGAGAUGGCGGGGGGAGGGAGGGAGUUUCGAUGUUUGUUUGUUAUCAUAAUGGAGAUAAUAGUAGUGGGGCUCAAAUGGUCAACCUAUGUAGCGAGAGAUGGGAGGGACUACCUUCAUAAUUCCUCUCUCUCUCUCUCUCUCUCUCAGAUUCGUUUCUCUACUCAUUCUUCCCUUUGAUUAAUAAUCAUAGCCACCCACUCACCCACCCAACGCCCCCACAAAGUCUUCGUAAUACUUCCUCAUUUCUCAAACACCCUUUUUGCUCCAUAUAUUACUCUCCAACCAGUAUCCCCAUCUCUCCAUAUACAUACGCACCGCCUUCCCCUUUGCUUGCCCCCUUCCCCUGUUUCCAUAGAUUUAGAUUGCUUCUGCUCAAAUGGGUUUUGAUGAUAUCUGCCACCCCGGCCUUGUUCUUGGGCUAGGCUUCCCAUCAUCUUCUCCGGCACCGGCCGAUCAGCCUCCGGCGCUCUCGGCGAUCAGUAAUAAGAAUGAUCAUAAUAAGAAACCCUGUAAUUAUAGUAGCCUGAAUUUUGAGCCACUGUCAGGGAUGGCAACUGCAGCUACUAGCAAUUUUGAGCCUUUGCUGACUUUGGGUCUUUCUGGGGAGAUGAAUAAUGGGUUUCAGGUGCCAAGAAAGAUAGAUGUGAACAAGGGUUGUGAGGAUUCUGGCGAUUUGUAUCGGCAGGCUUCUCCUCACAGUGCCGUUUCCUCCUUCUCUAACGCCAGCGUGAAGAGGGAGAGAGACCUUGGGAGUGAAGAGCUGGAGGUCGAGAAGGUUUCUUCGAGGAUCAGUGAUGAAGAUGAGGAUGGUACUAAUGCAAGGAAGAAGCUUAGACUCACCAAGGAGCAAUCUGCCCUUUUAGAGGAAAGCUUCAAACAACACAGCACUCUCAAUCCGAAGCAAAAGCAAGCCUUGGCCAGGGAGUUGAACCUGCGGCCUCGACAAGUAGAAGUGUGGUUCCAGAACAGAAGAGCCAGGACAAAGCUUAAGCAAACGGAAGUAGACUGCGAGUUCUUGAAGAAGUGCUGUGAAACGCUGACAGACGAGAACAGGAGGCUGCAGAAGGAGCUGCAGGAGCUGAAAGCGCUGAAGCUGGCGCAACCCUUUUACAUGCAGCUGCCGGCGGCCACCCUCACCAUGUGCCCGUCCUGCGAGAGGAUCGGCGGCGCGGUGGCCGACAACCCGUCCAAGACCCCUUUUGGCAUGGCUCCCAAGCCUCACUUCUUCAACCCCUUCUCCAAUCCCUCCGCUGCUUGCAGUUAGCUGGCUAGGCCGCUAGCUCGUUAUAUCAAUUAUUAGGAUUAGAGGAAGCAGAAGAAGAAGAAGCAGAAGAAGAAGAAAGAAGAAAUUAAGAGAGACGGAAUUAGAACCCCACAACCACGAGUACCCCCCCUUUCUUUUUUGGUCAAGGGCUUGAAAUGUCGAAAAAUUAGUGUAAUUAAUUUGUAGAACAUAGAAAUUACUGAUAAUUAAUCAUAUGCUUUUCUCUCCUUAAUUAUA